AUGGAUCAAACAAUUUCAGAAUCUUCAUCUAAAGCGGUGCUUGACAAUACUAUUCCAUACCUUCCAACAGAAUGUCUUCGAUACAUUCUUUCAUUUAUUGAAGAUGAUGAUAUUCAAACAUUACAUUCAAUCUUAUUAUUAAAUAGAACUUGGUGUAAAAAUACAGUUCCAAUUCUUUGGAAAAAACCGUUUACGCUUUCACAAAGUAGAGAGCAAUUAUCACUUGAAAAGAUAAUUCCAAUUUAUCUUUCAUAUUUACCAGAUGAUUUUCUGGAUAUUCCUGAAAUGCAGAAUAUUAAACGAUGUGUUUAUAAACGAUCAACAAUCUUCAAUUACGCAUCGUACUUGAAAGAGCUUGAUUAUAAAAAAUUGUAUGAAACUAUUUCAGAAUGGGUGUCUGUAAAUAAAAUUUUUGAAACUAAAAGUGAGGAUAUUGAUAUUGAUUUGGCGAGAUUAUCAUUUAAAGAAUCCGAAGUAUUUAUAGAGAAUGUUCAGGAACUCGUUGACGAUAAUUGGGGAUCACGUGAAUUGGAUAAUUCGAUUAUCGACGACGAACAAGAUGAUUAUGAUGAUGAUGAUGAUGAUGAUUCAGAGGAUGUCCCUAUUGAAUAUGAUGAUGGUGAUUUUGAUGACUAUGACCAAGAAGAUUAUUAUGAGGAAGAAAUGGAUGGAUUAUGGAGUGAUCCAGAAUAUUAUAAUGAUUUAGAGAGCAUUGAGAUACCGUUUGAUAAUUCUACAGAAAGCAAAAAAUUAAUGAUCGCCAAAAAAAUUUGUUUAUAUUUAAUGAAUAAUUGCAGUAAUUUUGAGAAACUAAUUUUGGAUACUCGAGGAUGGACAAGAAAUUUAUCAAUUGCUUCACGAGAUUACAUUUCUUUACCUUGUUUUCCUGGAGCGACCGAGUGUUUAUCAAAUAUUACAGAAUUUGUUUUAAAUGGAGAGUUCGAUAAAGGUGAGAUAUUUAAUACGAUGGCUACAUACUGUAAGAAUAUUCGUUCUCUCGUAGUUUGGGAUACAUACCGUAGUGCAUCUCACUCUUUAGCGGGUCUUAUUAGCGCUCAAAAUGGGUUAGAAAUAUUUACUUGGUGCAGUGGGGGUGAAGAUUCUUCACCAAUUUUAUGGUCCUUCGCAAGUCAAAGUGAGAACCUCAUUUGUGUUCAAUUGAUGAAGGCUUAUACCAGAGAUCAUGAGGCAUUUGAAGCUUUAGCAACUUGUAAAAAUUUGGAAAGAUUGAAGAUUUCGGAAUGUCAGCUUACUAGUCAUCACAUGAGAGCGUUGGAGAAUGCAAAUUUUCCUCGCCUUAAGUCAAUUGAAAUUAAUGAUAUACAUACUUAUGAGGAUGAUCAAGAUGAAGAAAUCGAUCCGCCAUCUUUGGAAUUGGCGAGUUUGAUUCGUAAUACAAGUGUACAUCUUCAAGAAAUAAGAUUAAAUUUAGAAUUGCAUUAUUAUCCCGGAAUAAUUGAAACCAUAGCUAUUAAUUGUCCAAAUUUAAUUACAUUUUCAGGAAAUGUAAGUAGCGAUGACCGAUUUGAGGAGCUAAUAAAAUUAUUAGAAUGUUGUAAAAAACUUGAAAAUUUAGUUAUUUGUGGAGCUUACUGGAGUAAUUUGUUUCACGUUGAUGAUAUGUUACCUCAAAUUGGUACUUUAAUUCCAGAAAGCCUUAAACAUUUAGAUUUAUCCAGAUGGGCUUUUUCUGGAGGUCCUUUGAAAAAUUUCUUAAAGGAUUGUAAUGCCAAACUUAAAUUUAUGUCUUUACAUUGUUAUUUCAGUAGUGAUGAGCAUAGGGCAGCUAUUGAUGCUUAUGCUAAAGAAAAGGGGAUCAGGGUAAAAGACUUUCAUGUUGAUUCACAUAAUCAUGGAUAUGGAAUGACUGUUUGUUACGUUACUGUCACUUUUGAUGAUAUAAUUUAG